AUGGAGGUGGCGAGCGUCGACGUCGCUGCCCUUGGUGCCUCUCCUCCCAAUGGAGGGGCUACCGCAGCUUCGCACCCCUACACCUGCAACACCUGCGCCGUUGCCUAUCGAAACAUCGAUCUCCAGAGAGGCCACAUGAAGAGCGACUGGCAUCGCUACAACCUCAAGCGCCGAGUCGCCUCCCUCCCUCCCAUCGCCUCCGAGAUCUUCAAUGAGAAGGUCCUUCAGGCCCGCGCUGCGCAGAGCGCCGAGGCCGAGAAGGCCAUGUUCGAGCGCACCUGCGAGGCCUGCCAGAAGUCCUACUCCAGCGAGAACGCCUUCCAGAACCAUCUCACCAGCCAGAAGCACAAGGUCCGCGUCGCUGCCAUCGCCCGUCGCAAGGGCCCCAUUGUCGACGAUGCCAGCUCCGUCAUGAGCUCCACCUUCUCCCUUGGCGAGCCCAUCGCUGUCGAGAAGGAGCUGGAUUCCGAGGCCGAAGAGGAAUUCACUGCCGUUGUCGAGGGCCUGAAGAAGGCCAACAUCGAUGAGGCAAAGGACGAGCGCCCCUCUCCCGUCAAGCGCCCUUCGAACCCUCACCUGUCGGCUCAGGGACAGCAUGCUGGCGAGGACGUCAACAUGAACCGCGAGUCCGAGUCCGCCACCCCUGUUCCGUCUAAGCAGGAGAUCGCCUGGUCUAUCAAGUCCUGUCUCUUCUGCAACUACGAGUCGCCGUCCGUUCCCCUCAACGCCAACCACAUGGAGCGCUUCCACGAUAUGUUCAUCCCCGAGAAGCAGUACCUGGUCGACCUCGAGGGUCUGCUGCAGCACCUUCAGGAGCGCGUCCACGAGGGCCACCAGUGCUUGUACUGCUUCAAGACCAAGAAGACGGCAUUCGCUGUUCAGACCCACAUGCGCGACAAGGGUCACUGCAAGAUUCCCUACGAUACCGAGGAGGUCCAGCUGGAUAUUGGCGAUUUCUACGAUUUCCGAAGCACCUACUCUGAUGGUGGCGAUUCAGACGAUGAAGAGGAGGCUGACCAGAACGGUGGAGCGAAGCUGGGCCUGAAGCGUCCCACUAAGCUGGUUGGUGAGGACGGCGAGGAGGUUGAGGACGGAGCCGACGAGGGCUGGGAGACGGACAGCGACGCUUCAUCGCUCGACUCUGAAGACCUCACUGCCUUUACCGCGGAUGGCAAGUACGAUCAGUUCGAGCGCUUGGACAAACAUCCUCACCACUCUCGCGAGGAUCCUCGUGCUCAUCACCAGGUGGACGGCUGGCAUUCUCACGCACACAAGCACACCCGUGCUGUGUUCUACGACGACUAUGAGCUGCAUCUCCCGUCCGGCAAGUCAGUCGGCCACCGUGCCCACAACCGGUACUUCCGCCAGAACUUGAACAACUAUCCCACUCCCGAGGAGCGUGCUGAGCGUGAGCGCCUGGCGAUUGAGGCUGGCUCCGGCGACGAGAUGGAUGUCGACGGCCAGGAGGUGGCGAACACUAGCAACCCCAAGUCUCGCAACGCCCGCGCGAUUGCUCGCAGAGAUGCUGCCGGCAUGACUGGUGUCUCGGACCACGCGAAGCGCGUCGUCAAGGAGGAGGCUACCAGAGGACGGAGCGCCGCCACCCGCUACGAGAAGAGAAGAGACUACAAGGUCAGCGAGAAGAACAACAACCAGAAGAACUUCUACUACCGCUACCAGGCCGGUGGUUAG